UGGACGGUGACCGAACGUUCAAGAUGCAGACGCCGCUGGGGGAGAUGCCGUUCACCAACGUGGUGGCCACCCACGAUCCGGCCGCGCCGCGCCGUCUGGUGCUGGCCUGCCACUACGACUCCAUCUACGGACGGGACGCGUUUGUCGCCGCCACCGACUCGGCCGUGCCGUGCGCCAUGAUGCUGUACCUGGCUCACCUGAUGACCAGUCGCUACCUGGACCCGAUCAAGGGCCGGUCGGACACGACCCUGCAGCUGAUGUUCCUGGACGGAGAGGAGGCGAUCGUCGAGUGGACUGACGACGACUCGAUCUACGGCGCCCGGCACCUGGCCGGCGAGCUGCAGCAGACCGCCUGCCAGGCCACCACAGCCUGCUCCAACACUAGCCUCACCGAACUGGAUCGCAUCGACCUGUUCGUACUGCUGGACUUGCUGGGCGCCAAGGAGCCGGCAAUCGCCAACUACCUCUCCAACACCAACGCAGAGUUCCGCCAUCUGGUGUCGGUGGAGCGUAAGCUGCGUAAGAAAGGGCUGCUGCCGGAGGUGCCGAAAAUAUUUAGGUACAUGAAAUCCUGGGGCUUCCGUGGGCCACCACAAGUAGCUGAUGACCAUCUGCCGUUUUUACAUAAAGGUGUGAGGGUGCUGCAUCUGAUCCCGGUGCCGUUCCCGGCCGUGUGGCACCGGGACGAUGACGACGCGUCGGUGGUGCACGCGCCGACGGUUACGGCGCUCGGUCGCGUCCUGCGCACGUUCGUCGCCGAGUGGCUCGGCCUGGCCGCGUUCAAGACGGGACCCUUGAGCAGCGAAAUGAAGCACGAAGAGCUGUGAUGGGAUCUUUGGAGUCGUGCCAGCCAGUUAGUGUCCGGUCACAAGAUGGCAGCUGGCCUGUAGCCAGGCGACGAGUGAACAAACUCACAGCGGCCAGGCGGCGUUAUGGCUGCUUCGCCACGUCCUCGGUUUGAGUUGCGCUGGUGCUGCUGUUCUCUGCGGUGUGAGGAAGUGUUGGCUGUGUGACCGCGCUGGUGCCUUGCUUGUGCGGUUCGCUGUUGUAAUGGGAAACCGUACAAACAUGUCAUUGUGGUUUGGUGAGUGGAAAUCCAUGGGAAUGCAGCUGACUGCCCAUUUUUGCAAUAUCGGUAGUCGGUGUUGUUUUUGCAGGGUUUUACUGUUUUGUGCAUUUAAAUGUUUACGGAGUUUCCAGGAAAACGCUCCACGUGGUUGGGAAUUGUAAAUUUGAGCUGUUGUCACGAUUUGAAAUAUAUUCAAUCAAUU